CUUGGUCCUGGACACGUUGCCCAGCGACGGCCCAGCGGGCGAGCACCACCUCAUACCAACCCAGACCAUCGAAUCAUUCCCGUUGAGGCACCGUGGAGACUUUGCGGAAGCGAGCAUGCUUGGCCCAAGGAUCUCGUGUCACACACACACGUCCGCAAGAAUCCUCCGUUGGAUGCAUAAUUAGGCUCCAGCAGUUGGCUUUCGAACAGACGGUGCGUCGGUCGAAAAUCCCUCCGUAUCUCCAAACUGGUAUAGACCGAGUUACUCAGCGCAAAUCUUCCUAUGUUUGCGCGUAGUGCUGACCGAGUCAGCCUCGUCUCCGUACAUGUCGCAUUUGUGACAUGAGCAAUCAUUGAUCUAAGCGCAGAAAUGUUUACGUAUCCAAAGCUAGCAAGAUGAUAGCUACGCAUCUGUUGCCGACUGGCUGGCGCAUUCAUCUGUUCCUGUUUAUCGACGUUUCACCGGGAUCUGGCUCCCUACGAGGCAAUACAGCGUCACACGUCUACCAUCUUACAGCCCCGGCCUUUUAAGAAAAUGUUCUUGUGCAAGUAUAAAUGCUGUCCCAGAUCUUCCAGGUCGAACCCGAAAACCACCACCCACUGCCAUGACCACAACACAUCUCAGCAUCCUCGAGUGCAGUGCGCGCCGUUUCCCGGCUGCCGUUGCCUUCAAGGUCCCUCGUCGAUCGGAGGGAACGUCCAAUCCUAUCUGGCGGGACAUAAGCUAUGCACAGCUACUACAGGAUAUCCAGGAGACAGCCGGUCAUUUCCUGCGCAUUUUCCGUCGAGACCGGAUUCCCGCUGGGUCGGUCGUCGGGCUUUGGAUCAGUGGAUAUGAUUACAAGGACGUGGUUAACAUCUACGGUCUCUCGCGCGCAGGUUUCAUUCCCCAACUGUUCAGCCUGCGACUCCCCAGUGCCGAUGUGAUUCUGGAGCUGCUUGUCAAGACCGGUGCUCAGGCGCUCAUCUACGAGGAUUUGUUCGAGUCUGCGCUCGGCACCUGGCCUAUCCCUAUCUACCGGGCCGCAGAGCUUGUUGCGAGUGGAAGCUCUGCUGUAGAUUUGCCUUCACUUCCUGAGGCGCAGGAAGAGGCCAUCGCUUUCUACUUCCACACUAGUGGCUCCACCUCUGGCUCGCCGAAACUAGUCCCCUGCACGUACCGAUGGAUGGAAUCGACCAUCCGCAAAUCCGCGCAGAUCUGUGCCCCCAAGCGGGAGACUGCUGCUCGAUUCGACGUCGCUAGCUGGGGAGGAAGCAUGUGCCACAUAUUCCAGAACUUCCUGUUCAUUGGAUAUCUUCAGCAUAAUGCUUGUAUCGUGCAGCCCCUGACGACUCCAUUCUCACCUUCCGAAUUGGUGGAUAUGAUUCAGGAUCAGGGGCUCAACAGACUGAAUAUCUUUGGAUCUUUUGCGGCCACACAUCUGCGCACCUCGCGUGAAGACGCCCGAGUUCUCAAAGCACUGACCGCUCUGGACGAGCUGAUGUACACCGGAUUGCCGUUGCCCCGUGAGGAAGAAGCUUGGGCGCUCAGCCAAAGUAUCAAACUCAGAAAUGUCUUUGGGUCCACCGAAGUUGGUGCACUACUCAUCUCAAGCGGAGGCUGUGGUCCCGAGGCCAACCUUUUGUAUCCGGCUGAAGAUGUAGCCUACGAUUUUGUUCCCAUCGAAACCGGCAACGCCGGUCCGCACGUCUCGACUACCCGCAUCCUCGAGCUGGUUGUCCUCGCACAGUCGGGCGACUGCCCCCACCCCUCGCUGCGACAAUCUGACGGGAACUUCCACACCGGGGAUCUGUUCAUCGAAGCCGCGCCGGGACGGUAUCUCUCGCAAGGCCGCGAUGACGACUGGAUCAAGAUGGAGAGCAGUCUGCGGUGCAACACGAAGGCCAUCGAGGAGAACGCCCGUGCCUCGUGCGGCAAUCUAAUCUCUGAAUGCAUCGUCGUGGGCUCUGCCAGACCGAGUCCCGUGCUGUUUGUCGAACCCGGCUCGGAGGCUGUGGACCAGGAGAAGCUCAAGCGGGACAUCAUCCGAAAGACAAGGCAGUUCCACGCUCGCCGCUACUUACAUGAACGUAUCACCUCGACAGCUAUGAUCGUUGUCGUCCCCAAGGGCUCUCUGCCGCGCACCGUCACCAAAGGCAACAUCCGGCGCAAGGCAGUGGAGGAGAUAUACCAGUCGGUGAUUGAUGGCAUUUUCGUGCACUGAAUCGAAACAAGAGCGAUUGCUCAUCCUUAAAGUUAUUAAUAAUUCGCAUCUAAUUAAACUAUACGCAGUACACUACAUCUCGUAAUCCGUGCUUGCCUACAUCACAGACGCGAAAUGUCACAUAAAGUCACAAUCAUACGCUGGUAUUCAGAUCACAACAAGUCAUGAGCAUUUCAAACAAGCGGAAGUUGCAACGCACUUGGCCUUUGUCAUCCAUACAUAUUCGAAUGCUGACUAAAAUUGACUCA